CUUAUUACUACUUCAACCAAAAUACGUGUUGCUCUUCCCUAUUUCCACUCCCACCACUUUGUUUCUCUCCAUCUCUUGUUUUCUUUUUCUUUUUUUCUCUUUUAUUACCCUCAAAAACACCUUCUUUCUUUCUCUAACCAUUUAUUUUUUCUCACUGCUCUGCAACUUGAACAUCUUUGUUGAACCACCAAAAUGUGUGGAAUACUAGCCGUUCUUGGUUGCUCUGAUGAUUCUCAGGCCAAAAGGGUUCGCGUGCUUGAGCUUUCCCGCAGAUUGAAGCACCGUGGACCAGACUGGAGUGGUAUUUACCAGCACGGAGAUUUUUUCUUGGCUCAUCAACGGUUGGCCAUUAUAGAUCCUGCUUCUGGUGACCAACCCCUCUUCAAUGAAGACAAGUCCGUCGUUGUCACGGUGAAUGGUGAAAUUUAUAACCACGAGGAGUUGAGGAAGCGCCUCACUAAUCAUAAGUUCAGGACUGGAAGUGACUGUGAUGUUAUUGCACACCUGUAUGAGGAGCAUGGGGAAGAUUUCGUGGACAUGCUUGAUGGCAUGUUCUCUUUUGUGCUGCUUGAUACUCGUGACAAUAGCUUCAUCGUUGCCCGUGAUGCUAUUGGAAUCACUUCCCUCUAUAUUGGCUGGGGCCUUGAUGGCUCAAUUUGGAUCUCAUCAGAGCUGAAAGGACUCAAUGAUGAUUGUGAACAUUUUGAAGCCUUCCCACCUGGUCACCUGUACUCAAGCAAACAAGGUGGGAUGAGGCGUUGGUACAAUCCUCCAUGGUUCAAUGAGGCCAUUCCAUCAGCCCCAUAUGAUCCUCUUGUUCUUAGAAAAGCUUUUGAGAAUGCUGUGAUCAAAAGGUUGAUGACAGAUGUCCCAUUUGGAGUUCUUCUUUCUGGUGGCUUGGAUUCUUCUUUGGUCGCUUCUAUCACUGCUAGACACUUGGCGGGCACCAAAGCUGCCAAACAAUGGGGAGCACAACUCCAUUCAUUUUGUGUUGGGCUAGAGGGUUCACCUGAUCUGAAGGCUGCAAAGGAAGUUGCAGAUUAUUUAGGAACAGUUCACCAUGAGUUCCAUUUCACCGUCCAGGACGGUAUUGAUGCCAUUGAAGAUGUUAUUUACCACAUUGAAACAUAUGAUGUUACCACAAUUAGGGCUAGCACCCCAAUGUUUCUCAUGUCUCGUAAGAUCAAAUCGCUAGGAGUGAAGAUGGUUAUCUCAGGUGAAGGCUCUGAUGAGAUUUUUGGGGGAUAUUUGUACUUCCAUAAGGCACCCAACAAGGAAGAGUUCCACCGUGAAACUUGCCGCAAGAUUAAGGCACUGCACAUGUAUGACUGCCAGAGGGCUAACAAGUCAACUUCAGCAUGGGGUUUGGAAGCUCGAGUCCCCUUUUUAGACAAAGAAUUUAUCAGGGUUGCAAUGGACAUUGAUCCAGAGUUCAAAAUGAUUAAAAGAGAUGAAGGAAGAAUCGAAAAAUGGAUUCUCAGGAGGGCCUUUGAUGAUGAGAAGCAUCCCUAUCUGCCAAAGCACAUUCUGUACAGGCAGAAGGAACAAUUUAGUGAUGGGGUCGGUUACAGUUGGAUCGAUGGCCUCAAGGCUCAUGCUGAUCAACAUGUGAAUGACAAAAUGAUGCUUAAUGCUGCACACAUCUUCCCCCAUAACACUCCCACCACAAAAGAAGCCUACUACUACCGAAUGAUUUUCGAGAGGUUCUUCCCACAGAACUCGGCCAGGCUUACUGUCCCUGGAGGAGCUAGUGUUGCAUGUAGCACAGCCAAAGCUGUUGAGUGGGAUGCUGCAUGGUCUAACAAUCUUGAUCCUUCUGGAAGGGCUGCUUUGGGAGUUCAUGUUUCAGCAUAUGAAAACCAGGCUGCUUCUGCGAACAAUUUGCAACCAGAGAUCAUCAACAAUGUACCUCAAAUUACAGUGAGCGCCCCGGGAGUUGAAAUCCGAAGCUGAUAUGAUAGCUGGAGAUUGGAAUAGCACAAUGCCCAUUUGAGGCUAGAAUCUACCUUACCCAAGAUUGGAGACGACUCUGCAGUGGUUUUAUGUUAUACCAUAUAGACAAAUAUGUACAAGGUUGAGAAAAGUACUCUAGUGGCUUGAAAAUAUUGUGUUAUUAAUAUGUGUUCUCCUUCAAUAUUGUGUUAUAUUUCAGUUUGUGUAUAAGAUAAAAAGGGAGAUUUUUGUUCUCCCUUCUCUAUCUCUUUCUACUUGUAUCUUCUUUCUAUUUCCUUGGAAAGGUUGAAAUCAAUGAUCUAGUCCCUCUUGAGUA